GAGUGUGUGAUAGAGUUUAAAAGUUGGCACCGUUUUGCACCAUGUGAAGUGUGACUGAUGGUGUGAUGGGAGGUGGAGCAGGUAAUUUUGACACAAAAGAGAAGAGAAAAGGAGAAGAGGGGUUUAAGAAGGAAGGAAGCUUCAAGGGUUUAGUAGGCACCUUACCAAAGUUGACUUUUGCUGGAUAGAGGAAAGACAGUCGAAGUUUUGGAGUGCAUGCCUUUUCUUCUUCUCCCCAUAUCCUGAUGUUUGAUGGCUCUCAGAGCGAAUGGUGGGAAGGAAUGCUUUUCUUUAGCAUGCACGCUCUGAUUCAUUGGCGUUUAAUGGUGUGAUGACUUGUAGCUUGCCUUUACAAAGGCCUGAGAGGUGAAGCAACAGAGGGAAGGAAAAAGAGUGAAGAUGGGCACAUGCGGAAGGAAUGGAGCCGUGAGGCAGUACAUAAGAUCAAAGGUCCCCAGAUUGAGAUGGACGCCAGAUCUUCAUCAUUGUUUUGUUCAUGCUAUCGAAAGACUGGGAGGACAACAUACCACACCGAAACUUGUGCUUCAGCUUAUGGAUGUAAGGGGGCUCACCAUUUCCCAUGUUAAGAGCCAUUUGCAGAUGUACAGAAGCAUGAAGACUGACUUGAGUCGACAAGUCUUUUCUUCUACUGAAAUCCAUCCCACAAUUGCGAGAACAGCACAUCACGAUGCUGGAGAUGAAGGGGAUGCUACCGACCGUUGUGUUGUUAAUGAUGAUGACAUUAUCUCCUCAUCCGCAGUGAAAGUCUCAAACACCAUGCUGGCAGCAGGGUUCAAUUCUCAAUCCUUUCUUUAUCAUGGCGCCCUUCUUUCAGACAGUAGGCACGGGGGAAUGGUGGCAGAGAACUGUCCGGAUUUCCACAUCGAGUGCCCGGUUUAUUCACCACAAUGCAGCAGCAGCAGCAGCGGCAAAAGAAGAAUAAACAGCACAGUCUCCUGCUCGUACGCUUCUGAUAAUGGACAUCAGGGUUUGAGUCAUCAACAGGGAAUUGACAGUCUUAGAUGGCAGCAGGCAGGUGCUGGGGGAAUCGGACUCCUCUCCUCGCAAAAUCUUCACAACUUCAUUGCACUUGGAUUUGCGGAGAACCAAUCUGAUAUUCAGAAAAUGGGGGCAAUUCAGCAGCUCAUGGUACCAAAAAAACGGAAGCUUGAGGAGAGCAGGGAAUCUGCUUACUACCACUCCACAUCUGCCUCUUGCAGAGAAGCUGGACAAGCAACAGAUGAUUGCACUCUGUCUUUAUCACUCAAUACUGGCGACAAAAGGAUGUGCUCAUCCAAGUGCAACACUUCCUCAAAUAGUGAAACAAGUGAAGGGGAUUCCCAUUUCUCAAGGGCAGACUCGAAGGAAAAUGCUCUGUCUUCCAUGGGCAGUGGCCACAUAAACUUGGAUCUCAGCAUUUCUAUAUGUGGUUCUUAAGUCCAGCAAACUUAGGUUAUGCCACAGUUUUCCAUGACUCUUCUGUAUGGAACUCACACUGCUCAUCUGGCGUCCUGACGUCAGUCAUGCUGAAGCUCACAUAGCUUCUUUCCAGCUUGUCCAUAAUCUACUGAUACGUAUAUUUCAAAGAAGCAGUGCUUUUGCAGGGGAACUGUCAUGUGUUACUUCAUGUUGAACUAAUGUAUGACCACAAUGGGGUGGAGGGUUUAUAGGUUUAAAGAGCCCUUCCUUUUUCAGUGCAACCAAAGUUAAAAUGCUUUGGCCUGUCGUCAGGCGGUGCCCACAUGCACAUACAGAGGAUCAAUCAUUUCUGCGGUUCUUCGCCUAUCCUGCGAAGUAAAACCAUUUGGGAUAAAUUGACGAUAAACAAGCUUUAAUUUUGAAGAUAUGUCCAAUCUGUAAAUGAACAAAAGAAAUGACGUUCUCUGUUUGGUAACACUGAAAACGUUUUACGAUCUACCGUGAAGUUCGAAAGAUACCAAGUUAUUUG